AAGACCUUGAAUUGCAUUCUGAAUAUUGUUUCAAAGUGAAAAAAUAACUGUGUGCCUGGUACACAAAGAACCAUGUCUCCUUCCUUAUGUGACAGAGGAAUCAAUGGAAUUCAUAAAAAGGGGGAGGAAAGACAAAAGAUAGGAGAUGCCUUGCUUAGCACAAGCAGGUCACAAGUUCCUUGAAAGGAAGUGGCUGACUGUAUCUCCAUAUGUACCUUUUUGUUCUUUGCCUUGGAUUUGCUGGUCGGUGACAUGCCUCUUUGCCUGGCUCUAUCUAGAGCCUGUAGCCUACAGGAAUUUGGACAGAGUGGUACAGACAUCGCCGACAGAGACUGCGAUCACUGACUAUCCCUUUAAAUGCAGUCUCAUGACUUAGACCUUACUCCACCACAUAUUAAAGAAGGGGACAGAGUACAUACUGAGCUCCAGCUCAGACGCCCAGGACACAGCAAGGCAAUUAUAUACAACAAACUGUGUAAUUGUCUGUUGGAGAUACUCCAGAGAGUUCCUUCAUGUUGCCCUUUGUCUUUACUAUGCUCAUUCUGUACUCCUGCUUCUUAAACAAUGGAACCUGUGAUUUCUAUGAUGAGCUAAAGGAGUUGAAAACUGAGUUUGACAUCAAUCUCUACCAGCAAUUAGCAGAACCAGAGAACAGAACUAACUUGAUAGUUGCACCAGCAAGUGUGUCCAUUUCUUUGAGGCUACUGCAGUUUGGAGCUCAAGGGAACACUUUUACACAGUUGGAAGAUGCUCUUGGAUACAACAUCCAUGAUCCUAGAGUGCAGGACUUCUUGCGUACCGGAUAUGAAGAAGUGACUAACUCUAGUCAAGGCCUCAUGGUUCAGUUGGCAUGUGCUCUAUUUGUGCAAGCUGGAGUUGAUCUGUCUCCCGAUUUCAUGGACCAUACUGCACUCUGGGCAAACAGCAGCCUGCAGAAAACCAACUUCAGUGAGCCUAACAGGACUAUCGCACAGAUAAAUGAAUGGGUGACUAAUAACACUGAAGGUGGAGAAGCAGACUGCAUAUAUUUGGACACAGUCAGUUCACCAUUUAACCAGAUGGCUGUGGUGAGCACCAUGUACUUCAAAAGCAUAUGGCAAAAGAAAUUCUCCUUCACAGACACACAGUCCUUGCCUUUUACCACUGCAGAGGGCAUCACCCUGAGAGUGCCUACAAUGUACCACACAGCUGAAGUCAAUUAUGGUCAGUUCCACACUCUGUCGCUGGAGCAGUUCAGUGUAGUCGAGUUGCCUUAUCUGGGUGAGACUGUCAGCAUGUUUGUGGUGCUUCCUAGUGACAGGACGACAUCUCUGUCCCAGAUUGAGUCACACCUCUCAGCUAAAAUCAUCACUCUUUGGGUCAACAGCUUAAAGAGAAUGAAGAUGGAUAUUUUUCUACCUAGGUUCAGAAUUCAAAGUCACUUCGACUUAAAAAUGGUUUUACCUGUCCUGGGAAUUACAGAUAUGUUUGAUCCAGCUAAGGCAGAUUUUAAAGGUAUUUCAGAGCAAGGCAAUCUUUACAUUUCAGAAGCUAUUCAUAAAGCAAAGAUUGAAGUGACAGAAGGCGGCACAAAAGCCUCAGGAACUACAGCUAUGGUGCUAUUAAAAAGAUCUCGAACUCCUAUUUUCAAAGUAGACCGACCUUUUAUAUUUUUCCUGAGGCACUCCAAUACAGGUAGGCAUAAUUCAUUUAUUCAGCAUAAGCAGGAGUCACUCAAGAGGAAAAAAAAAAAUCUUAUCUCUAAUAAUUAAGGAGUUGCUCACUAAAAUGACCAAUUUCCAUUUCAACUAUCAUAAAAUAUAAUCUCGCAGAAUAAAUUUUCAACUACAAAAAACUGAAGCAGAAAAAUUGACAAAAUAAUGGGAAUUCAGUAAAAGUUGUUUUUAGCAUCAGUUUUGUGCUCAAAAACACUCUGAUGGCCCUGAGGAGUAAUGCACAUUAUUCCAAAGAACGGAAAGGCACAGCACAUGUAGGGUAGUGCCAGUUUUUUCUACCCUGUCCUGUCCCUAUGCACAAAUUUAAGCAUCUCAUUUAGAAAGUUAUGCAGCAGUGCUGUCACUGACACUUGUAAGUAUUAAAAGUGGUUUUGAUAAGCAAACUGAACCUAUAAAUUAAAACUUACUAUACUCAACUCUGCACUAAAUAGGACAGAAAUUGGGACUGUAAAAUACAAAUGUAGAGAAAUCAAGCAUACUUCAGCAAUAAAGAAAACAUGAAACAGCACUCUAAUCAGAAACAGUCAUAGCACAAACAUUUUUUCCUUUUCUUUUUAUGAAAAAAGUAAUAAAAU